CUUUUCUCCUUCCAAACCGACCGAAGCGGGUCGCUGGUGCUGCUGCUUCUGCUGCCGACGACUCUUAGCGCUUUACGAGGUGUUUCUUGGAUACCUGGCUAGCUUGUGGCUUGUUUGUUCUUUGCCUUUUUCUCCACUCACUCACACUCUUGUUGGACUUGCUUGUUACAAAUUGUAGACUUUAUACCAAAUAUAAAAAAUGGAUAAGACAGAGCUGAUCCAGAAGGCCAAACUGGCAGAGCAGGCUGAGCGCUAUGAUGACAUGGCAGCAUCCAUGAAGGCAGUGACUGAGCAGGGUGCUGAGCUCACCAAUGAGGAGAGGAACCUUCUCUCAGUCGCCUAUAAAAACGUGGUUGGGGCCCGGAGAUCGGCCUGGAGGGUCAUCUCAAGUAUCGAGCAGAAGACGGAUGUUGGUGAUAAGAAGCUUCAGAUGGUGAAGGAGUACAGGGAGAAAGUGGAGGGGGAAUUGAAGGAGAUCUGCAACGAUGUGCUGGGGCUGCUCAGCAAAUAUUUGAUCGAGAACUCCACUAAUGCUGAGAGCAAAGUCUUCUAUUUAAAGAUGAAGGGUGACUACUACAGAUAUCUUGCAGAGGUAGCCUCUGGUGAUGAUAAGAAGGAUACGAUAACCAACUCUCAGGGUGCAUACCAGGAUGCGUUUGACAUUAGUAAGAAGGAGAUGCAGCCCACACACCCCAUCCGCCUGGGUCUGGCCCUCAACUUCUCUGUGUUCUAUUAUGAGAUUCUCAAUUCUCCUGAGCAGGCUUGUACCCUGGCCAAACAGGCCUUUGAUGAAGCCAUCGCCGAGCUUGAUACACUUAAUGAAGACUCGUACAAAGACAGCACACUCAUCAUGCAGUUGCUUAGAGACAACCUCACAUUAUGGACCUCUGACAAUGCAGCAGAUGAUGGAGAUGGAGGGGAAGGAGGAGAGAACUAAGCCCUAUUCAUUUUGUCUCCACAUAAAAGAAAAUGAAAAAAGAAAAAAAAACUUUUUACACCUUCAUUCCUUCUUGUUUCACUUAUAAUAAUCUAACCAUGUAAACCUGUGAUCAUUACCAAUAAGCCGUGGUUAAAGGAAUUCUGUUGUCCUUAUUUUUAAACCAUCUGGCUUAAAGUUAAAAUGAUAUUAAUUUAAAGUAACUUCUCCAUUCCUUGGUUUUGUGGUUUUUGUCUUUUUGCCUUUACGUACAGUGUCUGCUGUAGAAAAGUAUUAGCCACACAUUAUUGUCAGCUGUCUGUUAAUCAUGAGACACGAGUAGUGUAUGUUUUCUGCAAAUCUGCCAAAUUAGAUGAGCGUAUCAAGCAAAGGCAUUCUUGGGCACAGCAGGCUUUUUUCAAUACUACUUUGUUUUGUUGGCCACUGAUCAUCAUGUUUGCUGAAGUUGAAAACUGAAGUUGUGAACCAUGUUAGUUUCAGCUUAAACACUCUUACACGUGUACUGUCAAGAUGAAAGUAGCUAAUUAGCUAGCACUACUCACUGACUCUGUCUAUUGGCAUUUCUGGUCAGGGAUUCACCUGAGUAACACAAUGAAACACUCCUUACUGGUAAUAUCUUUCACUUAAUGUUACUUUAAAGCAUGUCUGAAUCAGUAAGUGCCACUUUAUGAAUGCUUAAUGUAGACUAAAAUGCUAACAGGAUCAUGCAUGCCCAUGUUUCAGUCUUCACUGAUAUGGGAACGAAUAUUGCAUACAUUUUGCUCCCUGUUUUGGUUAGAUACUUUUUUGCAGCUUUGUGCGCAUAUUGAAAUCUUUGAUUUGUCCAGUGAUGUCGAUAGAUAUUCAAACGACUAUUGUGUUUUUGCUAAUCGUUGAUUGUUGUCCCACAAGAGCCUUGUGAAAAUGUUAAAAUUCCCUAUGUAACAGCUUCGUAACCUAAUUAAAAUUACCAUUUUAUAAA